AAAUUUAACCAAUCAUGAGAAAUUUAAAAUUUGAAAAGUUCGCAAACGAUUCGAAAUUAAUAAUAAUUACUAAAAGAGAAAAACAGAAUGAAAAGGAAUAGCAACAAAAUUUAGAAAAAAACUUGGUAGAAGUAGAAAAAUAUGAUUGUUUUUUAUACUCGUAUUAACAUCUAGGCAUAUGUACAUAAAAUAUAUUGUAUAUUUAUUAUAUUGAUGAAAGUUAAAACUGAGAACAUUUCAAGCAUUUUCAAACAUAGCAACUGCACAUUAAUACAUUCAAAUUAUCCACUCCGAGAAUAAGAUUGUCACAAACGCAAAAUACCAAAAUUCACCAGCAAUCGACAAAAAAGCAAGAACAAAUAUUCAUUAUUUUUCGCCUUAAAAUUAAAAGGCGAAAGAAGGGGAAAAUCUACAAAAUUUAUUUUUUCUCGCCUUAACUUCUUUUGCAUGUACCUGUGCGUAUGUGUGUGCGCAUAGUACAUCCAAAAGAAAUUUGAAAGAGAAAAUAAAUUCCUAAAGUAAAAAGGUUAGUAAAGAGAUUAUGUGAGAAAUGAACAAGAAAAACAUAAAAAUAAGAAAAAAAAAAAAUAAAAGUAAAAAAACGAACACAAAUAUAAAAUUUUAUUUUAAAGUAAAAAAAUUUAUCCGUGUAUAUAUCAACGAUAUCUAAAAAGUUUAGAUAUGAAGAAUUACCACUUGCAUACGAAAAAAACAAGAAAAAUUUUAAAGCUAUAAACAUAAGUAUAAUAAUUGGGAAUUGUAUCAAAAUCAUUAAUACACGUUUACCUUUAAAUCUAUAUACAUGUAAACAUUAUAUACCAUAUAGCUAUACAUAUUUAUGCAGAAAAAUAUAAAUGAGAAGUUGGAAAUAAAAAUUAAAAACACAAUAACAGCAAAAUGAAAAUACAAAAGAGAAAGAACAGAAUAAUGUAGGAAAAAAUUUGAACAAAAAACACAAUACAAACUAAGGGUAGAAGAGAGUUAAAAAUAUUUUUAAAAAGAAAUAAUUCUGAUGUAUGAAGGAAAUAUUUGUAACACUUCUACUCACACAUUUGAAAUAGCAGCGAAUUCCGCAGGAGAAAUAUUUUUGUUAUUAUUAUUAUACAAAAUUGAGAAUAACUUAAAAGUAUCUUUACCAUAUAUAAGUAAUAUAAAAAUACAACACGACGAAUUGGUUGAAGAAAAAGAGGGAGAUUUUUUAAUCUCCCCACUACUCACACGACGAAAGUGGGCUUCAGAGGGCGAAUAAUAUUUUUUAUCGCUCUGGCAUCUUAUGAUGUCAUCAGAAGAGGACAGCCUAGAGUGUUUUGGGUUGUAUAGUGAAAAGUUAUUUUUAAAGAAAACAUUAUCGUCUAUAAAACGAAACAGACAACGUGUUGACGCGGGUGAACCAAGAAAUACAUAUUCUUCGAUACCAAAUUUUAGUUCACGACCAUCAUUCAUGAGUAGUGGAAGUAGUUUAUAUGGGACUUUGUUAACUCAAUCCCAAUCUCAAUUUGGUGGUUUAUUUGGACCAAACGGUUUCGGUUCAGCAAAAAUGUUAAAUGAAUUAUUCGGUCGACAAGUAAAACAAGCGCAAGACGCUACCGGGCCUUCAGAAAAUAGCAUGCUGGCGAUAAUUGAAUCAGCGGCUAGUACGGAUUUAAGUGGAAAUAAUAUUGAUGGAAAUAAUUUAAACACAAAUUCAAAUAAUAAAAUUUUAAACAAUAAUAAUAACAGUAACAAUAACAAUAAUUUAAUAAGUAAUAAUAACAAUAAUAAUAGUAAUACUAAUAAUAACAAUAAAAAUAAUAAUAAUAAUAAUAAUAUUAAUAAUAAUAAUAAUACAAAUAGCAAUAAUAAUAAUAAUCAUAAAAAUAAUAAUAACAGCAAUAGUAAUAAUAAUAAUAAUAACAAUAAUGGAGCUAGUAGUGGCGGAAAUUUACUUGAAACAAAUUGCUCACCAGUAGCGAGAGGAACAAGCAGCACAGGAAUUGAUCUCGAUAGUGAUGGUAUAACAUCACCAAAUCAACAACAACAACGUGAUCAUCAACAGCAAAAUGCUGAACUAGCCCAUCAUAUGUUAAGAAAUAUAUUGCAAGGUAAAAAAGAUUUAAUAGCUUUAGACCAAGAAUUAAGAUCAGCAAUUAAUAACCAAAAUGGUUUAAAUAGUGCUAUAAAUAGCAUAAUAGAUCAUGAAGGAUCAUCACCAGAUAAUAAUAACUGUUUAAAUAAGAAUAAUAAUAUAAAUACAAGUGCAACAAAUAAUAGUAAUAGUAUUAAUAAUGACAACAAUAAUAGUAGUAACAAUAGUAGUAACAGUAAUUUAAAAAAUACCUCCAAUGUGAACAAUGUUUGCAAAACAGAAAAUAUUGUUAUUAAAAGUGAGCCGAAUAAUGGAAUUAAUAGCGGAAUUUUAGUGAUAAAUAAUGGUAACAAAAAUAAUAAAAAACAAGACAGUUCUUUAACCAAUUCAAAGUGUAAUAUCAUUAAUAGCAACAAUAAAAAAGACAGUAACACGACAAAUAAUAACGAAGAAAAUUUAGAAUCAGUUGUUAAUUUGGAACAUUUGAAACUUACUACACAAAAUUCAGACCAACAGAAUGUAUCGCCUUUACCGGUAGAAUGCGUUACAAAAAAAGAGGCUGAAGAUUUAUUAGAUGAAGAGGAAAUCAUGGCAAUGAGUACGCGUUCAGGUUUAGAAUCAUUAGGAUCACCUGCUUCCGAUGAUAAUGAUUGUAUAAUGGAUAGUAAAGAAGAGCUUGAUGAUGAAUUAGAAAAAGAUUUAACAUCACAAGCAAACCCUUUAAGUACAGCAUUGUUAGCUAAUCAAGAAAAAAUACAACAAAUACCAUUAGAUAUGAAAAGGGCAAGAGUUGAAAACAUCGUGUCUAGUAUGAGAUCAAGCCCUUCAUUGAAUUCUCAAAUCCAAGUGAAUGGGUGUAAAAAACGGAAGUUGUAUCAACCUCAACAACACGACAAUAGUGCUAUGGAAAGAUAUGCUGCUGUUGCUGCGGGAUUAAAUUUAGGCUUAAAUAUCCAUAAUUUAAUGUUAGCUGAUGACGAUGAAGAAGAAAUAGAGUCACCUCAAAUUCAACAAAAAAGAGUAGAAAAAAAUGCUCUAAAAUCUCAGCUUAGAUCAAUGCAGGAACAGUUGGCAGAAAUGCAACAAAAGUAUGUGCAAUUAUGUUCUAGAAUGGAACAAGAGUCGGAAUGCCAAGAAUUAGAUGAUCAAUCAGCCAGUGAUAGUUUUGACCAAGAAGAUAACCCAAGGGAUGAUUCACCAUCGUCUCAAGUAUCAGGAAUAGAAAAAUCCCAUCCUCCGAAUAUAACACUAAAAGAUUUGACGUCUAAAACUAAUAAUGUAACUUCUGCGACUACACCUCACAUGCUGUCGCAAAUGAUGACUAAAAUGAUGACCAAUAAGUAUCCAUUAACAGCUCCUCCAAAUUUAGCCCAAUCUUUUAAUGGAUCGCAUCCUUUACUGCAGCAUAUGCAGCACAACAGUUUACCAAGUGACUUACCAAUUUCGAAUACACAUAUGAAUCACCAUGCAAUUAGUAAUGCAGCAGCAAUGUAUUUAGGACAAAAAUUCUUUCUUGAACAAGAAGCGCGAAUGGCAAAAGAAGCCGUUGAACAACAAGAAAGACAGCAACAACUACACCAACAACAACAGCUUCAACAACAGCAACAGUUGCAGCAGCAAGCUCAACAACAGCAACAAGUGCAACAACAACAACAAGAAGUUCAACAACAGCAACAACAGCAGCAACAAUUGCAACAACAGUUACAGCAACAACAGGUAGAACAACAGAGGCAAAGGGAGCAACUGGUAGAUCAAGCUGCCAGAAUAGCAAACCCUCCAAUUUCUCAAGUAAACCAAAGUACGCAAAUGACACAUCCUCAGGCUCCAAAAUUGUCUUCAAUGCAAUCAGAUAUUUCAGAAAAAAUCAGUAUGAUACGUACAGGAAAUAGUUCUGUAGGGCCUAUAUCCGGGUUAGAUUUAGAAGGACUUGCUGACAUACUAAAAUCGGAAAUAACAGCCUCACUUUCGACUUUAGUAGAUUCUAUUUUAACUCGUUUUGUGCAUCAAAGAAGAUUUAUAGGAAAACAAUCAGAAGCUGCGGCCGCAGCUGCUGAACAGUUAAAUAAAGAUCUCUUAAUGGCUUCACAACUUCUCGACAGAAAAUCACCUAGAACAAAAGUUGCAGAAAGAUCAACAGCUUCAACUAAAAGUAAUAUCUCAACUGUUAAUGCAACAACAAUACCGUCCGCCAAUCAGUCAGGUAAUGCUCCAAAUAACUCAAUUACUAACAAUCAACAUCUUAACAAUAGUAGUAAUAACAUUAAUCAUCCUGGUAGCACAAUGUUAAAUAUUAAUCCUAAUAGUAAUAAUUUAAAUUUAAAUGUCAGUAAUAAUACUAAUACUAAUACCAAUAACAAUAAUAUAAAUAAUAACGGUGGAGUCCCACGAAUGAGCGGCACCAGCAAUUUUUCGUCUGGGAUGGCUUUACCCAUUCAUGCCGGCAUUAAUGGACCCCAUCCGAACCCUGAAUCACUCGUUAAUAAUUUACCACCUCAUGUUCGACCUUCAGCUCCAUCAGCUAUGUUCCAACCACCAAAACCACCUCAAACAUUAAAUCCAGUUGCAGCAGCAGCUUUGUAUAAUUCAAUGAGUGCGCUUGGUGGACAUUCAACUAAUCAAGUUAAUCCUUUCUGUCUACCGGAAACCCGAGAACAAAAUCAAGAGCAAAAUGAAGCGCUUAGCUUGGUGGUUACACCAAAAAAGAAACGGCAUAAAGUAACUGAUACAAGAAUAACGCCCCGCACUGUUAGCAGGAUAUUAGCUCAAGAUGGAAUUGUGCCACAACAACCAAACCAGAAUCAGGCAUUGGAGCAACAGCAACCCCAGCCACAGCCGACGCAACAGCAACAGCCAGGGACAAAUAUUAGCAAUAAUAAUAACAAUAAUAAUAGUAAUCUUAACCAAACAAAGUUUACAACACCACCUGCAUCGAAUGGACCUACACCAACUACGCCAUCGGAAAGUCCUUCACCUAGAUCGAACUAUCCACCGCCACCAACGCAACAGCCUAUGAUACCAGUUUCGCUGCCGACAUCAGUUGCUAUACCGAAUCCUUCAUUGCAUGAAUCGCAGGUAUUUUCGCCGUACAGUCCAUUUUUUAACCCACAUGGACCACAUGGACCACAUGGUGGACCCCCCGGACCUCCGCAACCAUCACAAUUACAUCAUAUGAAAAUGGAAAUGAAAAUGUCAUCGAGUCCGCCUGGUUUAAGCAAUAUGAUGGAAACUAGAGAUUCACCACCAUUACCUCAUCCACAAACAAUGCUACACCCAGCGCUUUUGGCUGCAGCGCAUCAUGGAAAUUCGCCUGAUUAUGGUCAUUUACGAGGUUCAAUGGAAACAAGUGACCGUAAUUCAGAUUGUAAUUCUGGAGACAUAUCAUUUGAUGGAAUUCAACCUACAAUUUCUUUUUCCAAACGAAAAUAUUUCAAUAACGAGUCUUUAACACCCCUGCACUCAUCAACAUUAACGCCGAUGCAUCUGAGGAAAGCAAAAUUAAUGUUCUUUUGGGUACGAUAUCCUAGUUCGGCAGUUCUUAAAAUGUACUUUCCUGAUAUUAAAUUUAAUAAAAAUAAUACGGCUCAACUAGUGAAAUGGUUUUCAAAUUUUCGUGAAUUUUAUUAUAUUCAAAUGGAGAAAUAUGCUCGACAAGCUGUUACAGAAGGCGUUAAAGGUGCCGAUGAUUUACAUGUCAGUGGUGAUAGUGAAUUAUAUAGAGUUCUAAAUUUGCAUUAUAAUCGUAAUAAUCACAUUGAGGUUCCUGUCAAUUUUCGGUAUGUUGUUGAGCAAACGCUACGUGAAUUUUUCCGAGCUAUCCAAAGUGGAAAAGAUACCGAACAAUCAUGGAAGAAAUCAAUUUAUAAAAUUAUAUCGAGAUUAGAUGAUCCAGUACCAGAGUAUUUUAAAUCGCCAAAUUUUUUGGAACAAUUGGAAUAGGAUUUACUUAAUAAUCAAAAUGAUAAUGAUACAAAUACUUAACAUAAGCUUAUAAUAACAUAUACCAAAAUAAAAAAGAAGAAGGUGUCAAAUAAAUCAUCUUUUUCUUCAUCUUCUAAAAAAAGAAAGAUCAAAUGAAAUUUAAAACAUUUACCAAUAUUUAGUAUUAAUUGAUUAAAAAUCGAAAUUGGAGAAAAUAAACAAACUUAUAAAGAAAAAUAUAUAGGAAAAAGCGGACAUAUAAUUAUAAUUAGAAAACCAAACAAUUUAUAAAAUUAGAAAAAAAUAAAAUUGUAAAUUAAGUCAAGACACAUAACUUUUAUUUUACACAAAAAAAAAUUAAAUUUUAGAAAACACAAUAAAAAUAUUAACCAAAAUUUGUAUUUUAUGUAAAAAUAUAAAAAAUUAAAAAUUAAAAUUAAACUAAAACUAUGUUACACGAAAAAGAAAAAAAAACUUAAUAAAAAUUUAAAUAAUUAAAAAAUAUAUAAAUUCAACAACAUUUGUGGUUCCUAUAAUGUAGUGUGCUUACGUCCAAAAAAAAAAAAUAAAAAAAUUUAAAAAAAAAAUUAAAUUAAACAAAACAUUUUAAAACGUAAAAAAUUUUUAAGUAAACCAAAAAAAAAGAAAAAUAUAAAGAACACAUAUUUAAAAAUUUAAGAAAGGUUUUGUAUCUGUUUCAGAACGUGCUCCCCCCCUCACCAUUUUAAAGCAUGACAUUUGAUUACAUGACAACUUCAAUAAAGAAUUUAUGACAUAUCAUCCUAAUUAAGAAAUGUUUAAGAAGGCUCAUUCAUUAUUUGACUACAUUCCACUUAACAAAGAAUUCUCAUUAUUUAAAUGUUAAAUAAACUAUCAAGCAAUUUUUUAAUUCGAAAAAUUAUUAGAACUAAUUACAUUUAUGGAACUAUAAACUUGACAUUAUCGUUUAAACCACGUUAAAAGAGCUCAUGAACCAAAAAAUGUCAUACAAUUUUUACAAUAUAGUUUUUAAAAAAUCCAUGUAGAAUAAAUAAAUAAUACGAGUAUAAGUGACUUAAAAAUUAAUAUAAUAUUUUAUACAAUUUGAUAAAUAUGAAAAAUCUCAGUCAACUUUUAUUAAAAAUCCUUUUUUUCUCUCAAAAUGAAAUUGCAUUAUUAGUGUUUUUGAGAUGAUUACAAAUUCUUCUAACUGGAAAGUGUCAUAUAAUGAAAUGUCAGGGAAUCGUUUCAAAACAUAACAAAAACAAAAAAAACAAUACACAAUUUAAUAAAUUUUAAAAAGUUGUAAUUAAAAAAAAAACCGAAAAAAUUAAAGCGACUGCAAUUUAUCGACGAUACUCGCGUUUAGGCCUUCAUUUCAAAAAUAGAAAAAAGAAAAAAAAAACAAAAAAAUUGAAGAAAAUAAAAAAAGUUUAAAUAUUUAAAUAAAUUUUAGAUGAAAAUAAAAAAGAAACACAAAAAAACUAAAUUUAAAAGAAAAUAAAAAUUAAAAUAUUAAAAGUUUUGAUAAACGACAAAAUUUUAAAAUUUAAAAUAAAAAUUUAUUUUACAAUAAAUCGUCAUAAUAUUUAUUGUUUUAUAAUAUCAAAUUUUCUUUUUCUUACUUCAAAUAGGAAUUUUACAAACCAAAAACGAAAAAAAACACUAAUAUUUAAAUUUCAAAACUUAGUCAAAAAUUUACAACAACAAUUUUCUAUAAUUUAUGUUUAUGUUCAAAUCUAAAAGAAUUAAAAUCCUCUUGCGUAUUCAAUUUAUAUGUCGAGGUUCUCAAUUCCCUUUUUUAUACUUGUUUUUCUAAAAAAUUUUUUCUCGUAAAAACCAUUUAUGACCCUAAGAAUUUGAAACUCUUUCUUUAAUGUUUUAAUAACUUUUCAUUUGAUUAUGAUCACACAUUAGUAUUUCAAAAAUAAAUGUCUUUUCAAAUUAGAUAUAUAUAUGCAAAAGAAAUCUUACUGUUAUAUUUUAAAACAUAAGGAAUCCAAAGAAACAAACAAAAAUAAAAAUUUUUUACUUUUUGUUUUUACAACCGAAACUGCAAUAGGAUAAUCACCGGUUCUCUGAAAAAAUAGAAGAACUAGUGCAAACCACAACCACAAUUGAAAAAAUAUAAAAUAAAUAAUAUUUAAAACAGAAUUAAAGUUGAACCAAAAACAAUUAUACCAUAUUAAAAAUUUAAAAAAAAAUUCAAAAGUAAUGAAAUCAAAGGAAAAUAUUUUCGUGAUAAUUUUUUUUUCUUUUUCGUUUAGGAAAUAAAGGACAAAAAAAAUUAAAAUGAUUACAAGUGCGACAAAAAAAGUAAAAAAACUACAAAAAACAAGAAGAAACCAAAAAAAGAAACAAAUAUUAUAAAUAAUCUUUAUGGAUAGAUUUAAAAACAAAAAAACA